UUGACCAAUCACAUCACGUUGUUUACAACCUCGGAGAAGAUCGAAAAAAUGGCGGGGACAGCUACCAAAAGUAAAAACACAAUUACUUUGAGAGGAUCAAGUGAAAUUGUUGCAGAAUUCUUCUAUUAUGGCAUCAAUAACUUGUUGUACCAGCGUGGCAUCUAUCCAGCGGAGACAUUUGCAAGAUGCGACAUGUAUAAGUUGCCCCUACUGACGACCACAGAUGAACACCUCAAAGCUUACCUGUCAACGGUGAUGGAUCAACUCAAAGAAUGGCUGAAUCAAAAGAUUGUACAGAAGGUGGUAGUGACGAUAUCAAGUGAAGAAACGGAUCAAGUGAUGGAAAGAUGGCAGUUUGAUAUAGAAUGUGAUAAGACCAUGACACAUGAUAGUAAGCCAAGAGAGAAGUCACAAGCAGAGAUUCACAAAGGAAUUCAGGCAGUCAUCAAACAAAUCACAGCUUCAGUCACAUUCCUUCCUUUAUUAGAAACAGCAUGUAAAUUCAACCUACUUAUCUACACCGACAAGGACCUGAACACUCCGGAGAAGUGGGAGGAGUCUGGACCGUCCCUCAUCGACAACUCGGAAGAGGUCAGGCUGAGGUCGUUCACAACAUCAAUACACAAGGUCAAUGCUAUGGUGUCCUACAAACUCAUGGAUGGUAUAUAAAAAUGAAAUUUUGUUUCAUGUAGGAUGAUAUGCUCCAUAUUGUGUGCUUUCUGUGAAGAGUGGGUUGUCAGAUUUGAUUGCCCUUGCAGAUAAGUGAACAUUUUAUGCCGUUAUUAACUUGUAAUGGUGAAAGGUGAGGAAUGACAUUAUUUCCCAUUGCCUUUGUUCGAAGAGUGCACUGGCAUAAAUCCUUGCGUCACACCUAUUUUUAAGGGGGGAUGGAACAAUAGAUCAUCCCCCUGAACAAGGUGUGACCAGGUUUACGCCAUAGAAGAGUGGGUUGUCAGAUUUGAAAACGUUUGGAGAUAUGAACAUUUUAUGCCUUAUCUUAACUUCUAAUUGGUAAAAAGAUGAGGUACCGGUAUAACGUAUCCCCAUGCCUCGUUCAUGUUCUGCUAUGUCAUGGGGACAUGGUACUUUUUUAUUAGUUGUGUAUUUACUGCACAUUUUGUUAAUGGGCAUUUUUCGAAUGGUGUAUUUAUUCAGUAAAUAGUAAAUUAUACCUGUUCACUGUACAUGUAUGAAGCAAUUUGAUUGGACGGUGGAAUGGAAGCCUGGAAGUAUCAGCCAAUAAAGAGCAGGGUUCUUGCCAUAUGAUCACUGAGUUGCGAAUUACUAGCCAGUGCUUGGUCAUUGUGGUCAGUAGCAAUCAGUUUUGUCGAGGAGAA